GGGGCAGGCGGUGCGCUGCGGCUCGGCUCGGCUCGGCGGGUUCUCACUUCACUGUUCCCCGCGGCCCCAUCCCUGCCGCCCCGCCAGCAGCCUUACCACUCUUAAUUACCCUUCCCAGUGUCGCGCUGCGGGUGCAGCAUGAAGUGCAGCGAUGGCCCGGCGCGGUAAGAGCGCGGGGAGGACGCUGGAAGACCUGACGCUGGACUCCGGGUAUGGUGGCGCGGCGGACUCCGUGCGCUCCUCCAGCCUGUCCCUGUGCUGCUCGGAUUCGCAGGCGCCGCAGCCCUAUGGAGGACAGUGCUGGCCGCAGCUAACGGGCUCCAUGCACAGCCGCCACAACAGCUUCGACACUGUCAACACCGUCCUAGUGGAAGACUCCGAGGGGCUGGACUGCUCCGGGCAGCAGUGCUCCAGGCGCCUGCCCGACCUUGAGGAGGUCCCCUGGAGCCUGGAGGAGGUGGAGGCGGUGUUGCGGCUGCCGGCCCGGGGCUCCGGCUCCGGCUCCAGCGGCAGCCCCGGGGCCGGGCCGGGCCGGGAGGCGGCGGCGCGGCUGUCGGCGCUGCUGAGCCGGGCGCUGAUCCGGCUGGCCCGCGAGGCGCAGCGCCUCAGCCUGCGCCUCGCCAAGUGCACCAAGCACGAGGUGCAGAGCGCCAUGGAGGUGGUGCUGGGCUGGAGCUUGGCGCCGCGCUGCACGGCGGCCGCGCUCGGCGCCCUGUCCCUCUACAACAUGAGCGGCAGCGGCGGGGACCGCUUCAGCCGCGGCAAGUCCGCGCGCUGCGGGCUCGUCUUCUCCGUGGGCAAGUUCUACCGCUGGAUGGUGGACAGCCGCGUGGCCCUGCGCAUCCACGAGCACGCCGCCAUCUACCUGGCUGCCGGCAUGGAGAGCCUCUUCCGAGACGUGCACGCCCGGGUCCUGGCCCUGCCCCUGCCCCUGCCCCAGCCGCGAGGCUCGGGGGCCGCGGCCGACAAGGACAAGGAAAGCAGCGGCAGCAGCAGCGGGGAAGCACCCCGCUUCACCCUGGAGGCGCUGGAGCAGACGGUCAGCAACGACGCGGAGCUCUGGGGCCUCCUGCAGCCCUACCAGCACCUCGUCUGCGGCAAGAACGCCAGCGGUGUUCUCUGCCUGCCAGAGAGCCUGAAUCUUCACAAAGACCAACAAAGGUCAAAUAAGCCAGGUGAAGUCCAGAUGUUUAGCCAGUCGGAGUUAAGGACCAUCGAGCAGUCCUUGCUUGCUACACGUGUGGGAAGCAUUGCCGAACUUAGUGACUUGGUGUCUCGAGCAAUGCAUCACCUCCAGCCUCUCAAUGCAAAGCAGUAUGGCAAUGGGACUCCUAUGCAUCACAAGCAGGGGUCGCUCUACUGGGAGCCUGAGGCUCUGUACACUCUCUGCUAUUUUAUGCAUUGUCCACAGAUGGAAUGGGAAAACCCUAAUGUCGAACCUUCAAAAGUCACACUUCAGAAUGAAAGGCCAUUCAUCGUGCUGCCACCCCUGAUGGAAUGGAUAAGGGUUGCCUUGGCCCAUGCAGGGUACCGUCGUAGCUUCUCCGUGGAUAGCGAUGAUGUACGGCAAGCAGCAAGGCUCUUGCUACCCGGAGUUGACUGUGAGCCUCGACAGUUAAAAAUGGAUGACUGCUUCUGUGCUUCUCGAAAACUGGAUGCAGUAGCCAUAGAAGCUAAGUUCAAGCAGGAUUUGGGAUUCAGAAUGCUGAAUUGUGGUCGAACAGAUCUAGUUAAACAGGCCAUAUCUUUGCUGGGGCCAGAUGGCAUUAACAGCAUGAGUGAACAGGGCAUGACUCCACUGAUGUAUGCUUGUGUCAGGGGUGAUGAGGCUAUGGUGCAGAUGCUGCUAGAUGCUGGAGCAGAUUUGAAUGCGGAGGUUGUCAGUACUGCUCAUAAAUAUCCAUCCGUCCACCCCGAGACCCGCCAUUGGACAGCUCUGACAUUUGCUGUGUUGCAUGGACAUAUUCCUGUAGUUCAGCUGUUGCUGGAUGCUGGAGCAAAGGUAGAAGGUUCUUUGGAACACGGAGAGGAAAAUUACUCUGAAACGCCAUUGCAGUUGGCAGCAGCUGCAGGAAAUUUUGAACUGGUUAGCUUGCUGUUGGAGCGAGGCGCUGACCCCAUGGUAGGAACAAUGUACAGAAAUGGAAUUUCCAUGACUCCACAAGGUGACAUGAACUCUUUCAGUCAGGCUGCUGCUCACGGACACAGGAACGUGUUUCGUAAACUGCUUGCUCAGCCAGAGAAAGAGAAGAGUGAUAUUCUUUCCCUGGAGGAGAUCCUGGCUGAGGGAACUGACUUGGCAGAUGCAACACCAUCUCCUCUGUGUGCCAGCCGCAAUAGCAAGGCCAAACUGAAGGCACUGAAGGAAGCUAUGUAUCACAGCGCUGAGCAUGGAUACGUGGAUGUAACCAUUGACAUAAGGAGCAUAGGUGUUCCAUGGACACUGCACACCUGGUUGGAGUCUUUGCGAACAUCCUUUCAGCAGCACAGAAGGCCUCUCAUCCAGUGCUUGCUAAAGGAAUUUAAAUCUAUUCAGGAAGAAGAGUACACUGAGGAACUCAUCACACAAGGCUUGCCCUUGAUGUUUGAAAUACUGAAAGCAAGCAAGAAUGAAGUGAUAAGCCAGCAGCUGUCUGUCAUUUUCACUCAUUGCUAUGGACCCUAUCCAAUUCCAAAGCUUGUUGAAAUCAAACGGAAGCAGACCUCUCGUUUAGACCCUCACUUUCUUAAUAAUAAAGAGAUGUCAGAUGUCACAUUCCUGGUGGAAGGAAGACCUUUUUAUGCACAUAGAGUAUUACUAUUUACUGCAUCCCCAAGGUUUAAAGCACUGCUAUCUAGCAAGCCCCCCGCUGAUAGCACUUGUAUUGAGAUCAACUAUGUGAAGUACCCCAUAUUUCAGCUGGUUAUGCAGUAUCUUUAUUAUGGAGGUGCAGAGUCACUUCUGAUUAAAAAUAAUGAAAUAAUGGAGCUUCUCUCUGCUGCCAAAUUUUUCCAGCUUGAAGCUUUACAGCGACACUGUGAAAUCAUCUGUGCAAAAAGUAUCAAUACAGAAAACUGCGUGGAUAUUUAUAAUCAUGCCAAGUUUCUUGGAGUCACAGAACUAUCUUCCUAUUGCGAAGGCUACUUUCUAAAAAAUAUGAUGGUCCUUAUUGAAAACGAAGCUUUCAAACAGCUGUUGUAUGACAAGAAUGGAGAAACAUCUGGUCAAAACGUACUGCAAGACUUACAGAGGACGUUGGCAACAAGGAUUCAGUCGAUUCAUUUGUCUUCUUCAAAGGGCUCCAUUGUAUAAAGUUCAGGAAGGAGAUAACACUCAGAAAAGACCCUGCAAGUUAAGUCUCCUGUUGCAGUUCCUUAAAUGUAAACGAAAAAUUCCAGUUUACAUUGGAAUACUUUUUGUCGGCCAAAGAUGUUGCUUUUAGGCUGCAGCCUCACUUGGAAGUGGGAAAAUGGUAUAUAAGGCUCCCACACAUUUUUGAGUAACAAGGAUUACUUUUCCAUGAAUUGCUGUUAUGUUCAAGUCGGAACACAAAAGUGUGAUCACGGAGCUAAUGCCAACAAAAGCCAGAACACACACCGCUGAACAGCAGAAGCUUCUGCCCAAGCAACGAUGCCAUGGAACACUUAAACUAACCAGUCAGUCAUUUAAGGUUAUUUUGUUCCACAGGGUUAUACGUCUAAGAACCGUGUUGUAUCUAUCCCAAAGCCCAUUAUAUUGUGGAGUUAAGAAAUGUAAGAUCUGUUACUUGCUGUUUAGCUAGGGUCGAAUGUGUUAGGGAGUUGGUAAGACUGUUAUAACUGAGGAAAUAUACUGGCAAAUUUUUAGGGGUGGGAACUUUUUAAAAUUGUUCAUAAAAACGGGGUGGCCUUGUAGAUUAAAAUCUAUUUCUUAAGCUUAAACUUUUCAUUUUCAACAGAGUUGUGUCUGAGAAUCUAUGUAACAUGUUUUGUUUUUCAAAUGGUAAAAUGUACACUGUAUAAACAUAUAUAUGACCAGGUUUUACUUGUAUUCUUUCCUAACAUGGUAUAAUCUUGCCUAAAUGGCUAUGGUUACACCAAAGAGGUACAUUACCAAGAAAUUUCUAAUACAGUAGUUGAGGGAAAAAAACUGCAUGCUAAUUGUGGUUUGGGAUUAAAAAACAACAACAAACUCAACAUGCAUUUGCAUGGUAACUGUACCUGUGAAAUGUUACGUUUGUGCUUCGUUUUUGCCAAGACAGAUUCAAUGUUACUUCUUGUCAAACUCCAUUUGUGAACUCAGCAUUUCUGCAUUCUCUUUUCUUGGUGCAAAUCAUAUGGAGAGAACUCCCCAGAGACGCUUUGGAAGAUGAUGAUUUCUGUGUGUUACAUGGAAGAGUUAAUACCAGACUCUUACUCUAGUAAUACGUGGAUACUUUGCUAGUGGCCAGAGAUUGUGAAAAAGUUAAGGAUUUUUUAAUUGUUAUUAAAUAUGUACUAUAGAAUGAUUUUUCAUUGUAUCUUAAGAAUGUAUAGGUUACCUAUAAAGGAGGUGUUUUGUGUCAGGGCUCAAUUUAUUUUGCAGCAUAUUGUUAGCAAAAGAAACCUGUCAAGUGCCACAAUAUUCCUGACACUUUGUAUUUGAAUGAUUCCUUUCAUUAAUUAAUUGAUCCAAAGCAUAGUAAAGAACAGGAGAAAGUUGCUAUCUUUUCUGUGGCAAAAUUACAUUAAUGUAUUUAUUUUUUAGCAUGGCUUUUUAAAUUGUGCCCAGGUCAUAGAUUUUUAAAAGCUUUAAUUUGACAAUGCAUGGUAACUCCUUGGUCUUUUGUUAGAGUACUUCUGUCCGGUGCUAUUUCAUGUUUAUAGCUUUUGGAAUGAUCAAAAAAUAUAGUUUUCACAUUAGUUAUCAACAUGGUAGGAAGCAGUUUUAUUAUACUGAUCUGUAAUUCCUCCUGUAUGCUUGAUCAUUUUAAAGCCUAUACAGUAUCUGCAGCAAAUUACAAAAUUGCCUAAAUGUCCAUUAAUGUCACAGAGACACAGCAUGUCAACCUAGCAAUCAAUUAUUAGACCAUUUUUUUCUGCAUAGUAUAUGUCAUAAGAUGUUGCCUGGAACAUUUAACUUAUGGCAACUUACUUUUCUGUGAAUGUUGCAAUACUAGAGAAGCAAGAACUUGAUCAAUGUGAUUGCAGCUCUAGGGGGUGUUUAUUAUAGUUUGGUGUGCUUCCUUGGCCAUAGAAACCCAUUUUUCCACAUUGGUAACAAUCUAAAUAAUAAGAAAAAACCUUGAUGACCAGUUUAAGGCUUUAAAAUUGCAAAAGUUCUAGAAUUUCAUCCAGUAAUCAGUUUGCUAACUUCUACCUAUAGAUGCACAUAGAGAAGUCAAGUUACAUGGAAGAGCUUCAUGCAUGUGACAGGAUUUAGCUCUCUGGGAAGUAAAAGCACAGGUUUAAGUUCAGCUAGCAGUCUGAUAUCCAACAUGAUGGUAAUUACUCACGCUUGCAUUGUCUUUGGAGCGUUAAUGAUGUCUUCAGGUAUUGGCAAUGUAGUAUAGAGCUGUGUUCUGAGUUAUUUUGUGAUAGCCCACAUGGAAUAUAGAUGGAUGUGCAGAAACUCAUCACAAAAAGGUAUGACCUCUUUUGGCAGUUUCAGAGAGAAAUCGAAGGCCAUAGAGGAAUAGAGAGUUCACUCCCAUCUUGUCCAGAGAUGUGGUCUCUCCAGUUUAGGAUUGAGACAAGAUGGAAAGACACCAUGGGUAAGCAUGCACUGAUUUUGUGUUGUACAUCCUGCUGAUAAAUAGAGGUCUUCAUUUCUGCUCUUUUCAUCACAUCUUUCAAGAGCAUUAAAUUUGUCCAAGUUUUCUUAUAGAAACGCAAUCUGUUCCCUGAUUUGUAAAUGGAGGAUGAGAUGGGAGUUGUGCAUAGACAUCAGAGGACAAAAUCAGACACAAAAUCAAAUGGAAAACAUACAUCUUCAACUGCAGUAGGGUUGUGUCAGCCCAUAGAUUUGUGCGUUCCUUCAGCUUUUUAAGGCCUGUUAACCUGGAACACUGAGCAUGAUAUAAUACUUGCGUUCCAUGGUAUAAAGCUUCAAAUUUAACUUACUGCUGCCACGAGAUGCAUUUUGCUGGUCUUAGUUAAGCAUGUACAGGAGAAAAAGACUAUAGUAGUCUAUGAGACCAAAGAUGCUCCUAAAAGAGGAUUGUGGCUAUUGAAUUAUGAGACAAUGCCUGUUGCUGUUAAAGAUACUGUAAGCAGUGGGUCUAGAUUCACCAAAUAUCCUGGAUCCUGCUGAACUCCAUAAUACAUAGUAUUAGAUUCCAAGUGCAGAGCUGCCCAAUGCAUCCAACCACGUGAAAACUGUCAUCAUUUCAGUGGAGGUCUUUGUGAUUAAUUUUAUCCAAAAAAGCAGUUAAAAUGCUUGCCAUUUGCUGUGAAUAUGACCUUAUUAUAUAUGGUCUUACAGAAUGACCCCUUUUACCAAAGCAAUGGAUAUGAGUAUCCUUUAGAAAGGCAGUGCUAACUUUUUAGUCAAUGAAAACCAUAGGAUCAUUUGUCUCUUUGCCACUUGUCAUUAUUUCUCAAAUUUGGGGAAGAAUUCUUUCCUCCCCUCCUUAACUGGGAGAACUUUUCCAGUUCACCCAGUUUUUGAUGAACUAGAAAUGUUUAUAAAGUCUUUUAGAAAAAAGUAUGUGAUUAUUUUUUCAGUCAGAACUUCUCAUCUUGCAGCUCUCUCUGGGGCUUUUCAUUUUUGUUUUUAUAUGGCUCUUUAUCAUUGUGCCUCCAUGUUGCUCAAUUUUUUCCUGCUCCACAAGCCAAAGCCCCUUCCAUCCUUUAAAAACAGCUGCCAUCCAGAUGUUAUCCACAUUGGAAGAAGGACAUUUUUCUUGGGGCUGAGCCUUUUUGCAGUCUAAUAGUUUGCAUACACAGGCCCACUUCAUUCAUGAACUUGUGCAAAACAUAAUUAAAGGCAUAGUGAAAAUAUUCUUAGUGAUGUGUGAGGAAUUAGUGGCAAAACUUUCACUGUUGUUGUUCUGCUAAAUCUCUACAUGGCACUUCAAAACUGACCCUGUUCUUGUUGAAGAUCUUCUGACCAUUUGCUUGAUACCAAAUAUUGCACUAGUCUCUUAAAUAUAUUAGGAUGUGUGGUGCAUUAGGGAGACUUUCAGGAACCUCCAGUCAACUGCCAAAAUGUAGCAUGUGGUGUUAUGUUCUUUGAAGAUUAAAAAUAUUCCCUCAAUUCUCACUGAAAUGAGCUACACUAAAAUAAUACAAUCAUAGACACACGGGACUGAAAAGUGGCCUCAGGAGGUCAUCUAGUCUACCCUCUGAUCAAGGCAGGAUCAUCUUUGUCUAAGUCAUCACAGACAAAUGCCUGUCUACUGUACACCUAAAAUCUUCUAAUGAUGGAGCACAGCAUCUCCAGGUAACCUGUUCCAUGACUUAAACGAAGACCUUCGUGAUCUUUAACUGAAAUCCCCCUUGUUGUGAUUUAAACCCUUUACUUCUUAUCCUGACCUCAGCAGAUGUAGAGAACAAUUGAUUGCUAUCCUUCCUUUAACAGCCCUUUUUGUAUUUGAAGGCUGUGAUCAAAGUCACUCUUCUCUUCUCUAGAUUAAAUAAACUAAGCCUGUAAUAAUUUUUGUUUCUCUCGUCAGGACUCUCUUCAAUUUGUUCACAUGCUCUUAAAGUGUGCUCCCAAAACCAGACACAGCACUCUCUGUGAGGCUUUACUUAUGCGGACUAGAAUUCACAUUUCUGUUAAGAUUUUAUGGGAUGCUCUUACUUUUCUCCUUGCAGCAAUAUUACUUCAUUGACUUGCAGUCAUUCAGCUUGUAGUCCACUGUAACCCCAUGAUGUCUUUCCAGUGUCCUGCAAGUCUACACUCAUUCCCCAUUUUGCAUUUGUUAUUCCUUCCUAAGUGAAGUGCUUUGCUUUACAAACUGAUGAGAAAGACAGGUGGUGACCUCCUCCCACUCCACUUGCUCUCCAUAUACAUGCACACACAGCAAAUUGUGGGGCCUGGUUCUGCAGAGGAUGUCCACGCUUGUCACCUAGGACCCAAGUACCUAAAACCUGUUUGUAGGGUAUUGAUACUAGUGAAAGAAAUACACUGCUCUCAUUAAAGUUAACACGCUCAAAAGCAUAAAGAGAUACAGUAAAGCUCCAAACAUCAUAGACAAACAGCCACAACAAACUUCGUUGUCUGUUAGCCAAAUCCUGAGAUGUCCUGAGUACCUGCAGUGCCCAUUGGAAUCAGUGCAAGUUGCAGACUCAAAGCCUCCAUCAGGAGUUGCCUCUAUAUUUAUCUGACUUAUAGACAGCCAAAUCCUGAUGCCUGUAUUCAUCAAGGUAGUCUCCGAAGUCAGUGGUGUUUUGCAUGAGUAAAGGCCAACUAAAAGUGAAAUAAGGGCUUUGAGAUUUGGCCCAUGGUGUUUUUCAUAUGAGGAUGUAAAAUUGCUUUGUGAACAUUAAAGGCUGGAUGUUGCUGUUCUUCCUCCUGCAUUUGUGCCUUAUCCCAGAAAUGGUCCUACUGAAAUUAGCAGAUUUGAGGCUAAAAUAUGGUAUUAAUUAAGGAGAACAGGGUGGCUGAAUCUAGCCAUUAUAAGCAUAAUAAUGUUCCUGUGAGCCCUUCAUCCAUUUGACCAACUGGUAAGUGGUGGCACAGGCAUGUUGUUGUGAUUUGUCCAAUUUAGUGUGGAAACUGCCAGCAUCAGGCUCUGGAACUAUGCAUCCACAGCUGUGUUCCCCCUUUUGCAUUCGAUGCCUAGCUACCACUGUCAGAAAUGGGAGUUAAGCAAUAAGCAUGGAUACUGAACAGCAAGCCCCGGGCCUUUGUUGGCUUUGGACAGACUAGCUCACUUGAAUAUUACAUGCAAAAAGGAGAACAGAUCACAAGCUCUUCACUCACAUGAACAAGCAGGAGCUCCCUUGAGCAAUCUCAAAGGCAAUGGAGUUGAGCACCCGAGUGCAUUAUUAUCACCACAAUAUUAGUAUGUGCUUUAAGGAGAAAUCUUAGAAGAAGCAAUUAAGAAAGAUGGCUUAGAGAUAUUCUAACGUACUGUAGGCUUGCUUUCCACAUGUCAGACUUCAGAUAGCCUCCAAAUAAUACGUAAAUCGCCAUAAAUGAUAAAACUGCUUAGCUUACAUCAGUGAUUAGGAUUAAUUAACGUUCGUACUUCUAGUCCUUAGUGUUUCUUAUCAUGUCUUCAUUCCAUUUAUAAGUAAAUAAAUUAUUUUCAUCCCUUGAUAUGUUUACUGUUUUGAAGCUUAGGCUCAAACUAUACUCUUAAUCUUCAUCAUAUAAUCAUGCAAUGGGCUAAUCACUCCUCUGGUUUACCAUUGGCUGCUGUAUUUAAAAUGAAAAACAAAUACAGAGGCCCAGCAUUAGUUUUUCUGUGGAUUGAUGAUCUGUGAGUUCAGUGAUAACUCUGAUGGAAAAGUUACCAAUGGCUAUGCCCAAUACUGCAGCUCUUAUGCAGGAAAAUCCCCCUAGUGAAUUCAGUACAAGUUGUACUUGAGUAAAGAUCUGACUGAAAAUGCAUGGACAUUGAUGGAAGUCUUUCAGCUGGCUUCAGCAGAGGCUGGAUCAAGAGCUAAGAUCUGGAGACUUUUGCUUAGUUAGGUUUAUUUUUCCCACUAAAUUCUUGAUUCUUCAUCAUUCCUUGGUCAGUUCUUGCACAGCUCAAAUAUAGUUUGCCUGAAACUUUCUUCUGGAAGGUGAUAGCUCCUGUUUCUUGUGGGAUUUGUUAGGGUCACUCUUCUAAUAAAAAAAAGUCCUUGAGGCGGUGUUUCAGGAAGUAGGAGUGACUAAAGGUACCUCUUGUGUGAGUGGUACAGUUACAAGGAUACUACAGUUUCCUAAGCCAUGCUUUCCAGUUGGAGUGGAGUUGUAUGCUACAACAUAUAGGGGUGGCUGGCCACUUGCUUUUUCAGAGUGAUUUCUCCUGUUCACUUGGUUGCAUAGCUCCACAUUGUCUCCUGUCCUUUUUAUUUUUCUGUGCAUCUUGUGAUGCUGUGUGCAUGAAGGAGCAGGCUUGUUUGCAGUAGGCACAGCAUGCUUAACAUGUUGGGGGACAUGCCAGCAGAGAAGUCUUUGUGGGGAUGGGGACUGGGACUGAAGGUCUGAGUGCCUGAACCCAGAGAUGUUAAGUUUGUGUUUCCUGUUCUGCUUGAUCUCCACCCUUGGGCCCCAUGGAGUCUGUGGUGGAGAAUGAGAUGUUGUAAGAAAGGGUGAAUGAAAGGGUGCAUGAAACAUAUGCAUGGAGUUGGUCCCUGCUGCCACACCUUACUCACCAUCCUUGCCUAACUUGGCUGUUUUUUUUUCUUCUCUAUGUUCAUAAAAACAGGGUGCUUGUGCAUUCCCAGUGCUCAGACCCUGACUAUUGAACUCUAGCAAAUGUUAACUUUCCUUUGUCAAUACCACUUUCUCUCAACUACAUUUGUGAGAGCAAACUUAUCUGAAUACCUUUGUUCGGUGCCUGACUUUGCCCUUUCCACCUCCAAUCAUUUCUGCUGCUGUAUUUUCAUUAAAACUUCUAUUACCUUUACUUACUCUGUUAUACAUUAUUUUUCCUAUCGCUUUUAUGAAGAAAAUAACCCUGUUGAAAUCUCUGAUAAGAAACAGUUUAUGUUUAAAAAUAGGCCAAGUUAGAAACCUGCUUUACUUAUCUCAGGAUGGGACCUCUUUAUAAGCAGCCACGUGAGAAGAAUGGAGUUUUUUCAAUGGACAAUUCAAAUGAGAAAUAAUUAGGGUCACAGCCAUAAUGCCUCAGAGAUGCUGCUAGAAAUGGAUUAAUGAUCUAAGGUGCACAAUAGCUAAAAUCCUUCCAGCCAUCCUAGCAGCAAUGACUGAUCUGUUGGUGGAUAAAAUGAAUACCAAAUAGUUUACUGUAUGUACAUGAAGGGGUGGGGGGAGGAGGAGGUCUUUCAAAUGAGACCUUAAAAAUAUUGGCUCCUUUUUGCUCUGUAUGGCCUUUAUAGAACCUGGGGAACUUUAAUAGGAGGGCUUUUCUCACUCCAUCUUUUUCCCAUUAUUUUGCCAUGUGCUCAAAGGGUGGCUGCCUUUCAGUGGUGUUGUAAGCAUGUGAUUCUUUUAGAAUGGAAGCUGAAGCUUAAAUGCGAUGCAAUUAAUCUAAUUAGGUAGCCCAAAGUAAGCAUGGGGAAAGCUGGCUAGACCUCCUUUCAAAUACAGCAGGCUUCUUCAGGCAGCCUAGUUGGCAAAUUGGAAGCUGGCUUUAAUUCGGUCACUCAGAGGGAAAUGCUCUAGAAUGGUGUAAGGGAGAAAAGGAAAACCAGCCGUGUCAUCUUUGACAAGGGAGUUAAAAAUGAGGUCUGCGAGGUCAAUAAAGAAUUCAUGGCACAUGUCAGCAGUAAAUAAGAAAAAACCUAUCAGUUUCAGGGUCUUGGCCAAAUUCCUUUGAAAGGUUUAUAGUGAACCAAUCUAAAUUCAACCCCUAUAUUUCCACUGGACAUAUCAUCCCCUUCCUGUCUUCAGUCUCUAUACAAACUCCUGCAUGUCAGCCCUCCAUUUGCUAUUUGUCAGUUGUGAAAUGAAUAAAUGUAUAUGUGUGCAUUAAUAUGCCACUCAUAUAAAGCUAAAUCCUACUCUGUAUUACUCAGAUGCAUGCACACACCAGCAAAGGAUACCUCCCUAGUGAUCUCUUGUGGACAAGGUGAAGGUCUAGCAAAAGUGUCUCCUAAUGCUUCACAGUUCCAAGAGGAUGAGCUCAGGACUCUGAGCUCCUCUCUAGCCAUUUUGUGUACUGCAUCACUCAGUGGAGAAGAUUGGGUCCCAUUCUUUUUAGGUCUACAAGUCAUCCCCCUGUUCCAAUACCACACAAACAAAACGAGUCUACUCAGAAUAGGACUUUGUGUCCAGAGUCAGCAAAGCAUAUUACACCCCUGGGACAUAUGUUGCUAUUGAAAAUCGGGGAAUAUUCUGUAUCUGAGCUAUUCAGUAACUACUUCAUUUUAUGUCCACACGAAGUGCUUUUCAUUUUCUAUCCAUAUUUGCGUGUGUGUGUGUGUAUGUGCGUGUGCAUCUGCGCACACGUGCACACAAAGAUGGACAGUAAAUUUAUCUACUGUAUAUUUUAUGAGGUGUGAAAUCAUGUUUGUAAUAAGCUUUCUUAUUAAAGACAGUCAGCCUUCCCAGAUGCUAAGCAUUAAUGUAAUGCAUGUUAGUGAACUGACCAACUUAACCCCCAGUUGGGCAUAGUUUAGCAUCUCUAUAUUUUUAUAUGACAUUAUAGAAAGUAGCUGGCAUGGUAGAUGAGGGGAAAACAGGCAUUCAAGGAAAAAUAUUAAAUCAGAUUGUGGGUGCCAUACAUAAAGCAAAAAAAGGGGGGCAGGGAGGAUACAAUGCCCAGUGAAGUUGUAGGUUGUAGGGUUGUUGACGUCUAUGAGUCAUGCUGUAGCUUCCUCACCCCCCUUUUUUGUUCUCAUUCAUGUAUUGAAUCUGUUAAUAUAUGUAUCCAAAAUUUAUAUCGUUUAGCAUCUAAAGAGAAAAGCAAAAUGCACCUAGGUAACUACGUAAGAAAGUCUUUGUACUUAAGUAGAGUAAAUGCCCUUCUUCCAUCUGUGAAGAACUGAUUUUGUAUUUUUGCAUUCACAACUCAUAAUUACAGAUGAAAGAAUCCCAGUGCCAAUGUCUUAGAUUUACAGAAGAGCCGGUGCUGCAUGUAAGUCAUGCUGUUUGCCUCUUGCAUUGUUUUCUACAUCCAUCCAUCCAUCACCUCCUAUAGGAUAUAUUGAGGGUUAUAAAGUUAUAAAAACAGGAGAAAACAUGAUGGGAAAGGUGGUUCCUAGAAUCAAAUAGAACUACAGAGAGGAAACUGCUUGCUAUAGACUUCGUAAGGAAGGACGACAGCUUUUUAACUUUCAUCCUGUAGAAUUCCUGGUGGUAUGAUUGUUUCUUGGAGCUCUUCUUUAAUUUUUGUUCCUACCCCAGGAAAUUCUCAUUUGCCAUCUGUCGAUGAGGUUUGUAGUGGGAAAACUUUCUCCUUUUAUUGAGAUGCAAACUAAAAAUUAUCCAACCUCACAGUACUAUCCAGAAAAUAAGGAAAUUCUGUAUUUUUCUUGAGUUGUAGCAAAAGUACUGGCUUACGGGUUUAUAUAAGUACUAUAUAGUUAUUAAGUUUAGAUAAUUUGCAGUUGAUAUGUGGAAAUUUUUUCUUGCUCUUUAUCCUUAUAUGCUUGGUAAAGUGAUACAGUUGAAAAAAGGAGCAGUGGACAUAAAAUAAAGGAUUAUGGGUGAUUUGCAAAAUUAUACUAUGGUUUAUUUUAAUCAGUAUUUUUUUCCAAAAAACCCCCCAGUCACUGAGGAGCCAAAUUUGCCUUUCACAAGUGUUGUAGGAACCUCGGUCAGACUGAAAGGCAUUUGGCCUUUAAGUCACUGGCAUAUUAGUAUUUUAGAGAACGGCUUACCCCAUGUCACAGCAGUUCUGAUGAUGUUAAUGUUAUGAAGUAGGCUGUACAUGUCUGAUACAUGGUGAUAUAAAUUAAAGAUUUUUUUUUCCUUGAAAAAGGAACAAGGAAAUGUAUUAAAUAUAGGAUGCCAGCUUUCAUUUUGAGUGUGAUCGCUCUUGUCUGUGUCAAAACCUUGAUGUCAUUUUAAAACAUUUGUAUUUUAUCUCUUUGUUUUCUUUUUUUAAAAAAAUUAAGAGGUUUUCAUUUCAACAUAAUGUAUUCAGUCUGCUGGAGCAAGGAGCUUUACAUGUUCAAUUAGGUAAUUACAUCCUUAGUCAGCACAUUUCGAUGCUAAAAUGUCUUAAGACAAUUUUAGCAACAUUCUCUGAGUGCCUCACACUAUUUUAAACCCAAGUCUCUCUGGUGUUUAAUUCCUUUAAAAUUUCCAAUGAGAUUAGGAUUCAUUUGUCAUUGCCAAAUGUCAUUCUGUAAAUCCAUUCUUAACGCUGUACAAAUGCAAAACAGCAUUUGAAACCACCAAGGCUUCUUUUUCUUUUUAAUUGCAUUAUUCAACAAUUGGCUAAACAGAUCUUUUCAAGUGUAACGUAAUUUGUGCUUAGUUUGUGACUGUGUAUGCAAAGCUUCCACUCUGAGGGAAUUGCUAUAAACAGGUUGGAAAUGGGGGGGAAGUAGGAUUAAAGAGAGGAUUGACACACAUUUUUAACUGCAGCAGGGUUGAAGGCACGUUUAUUUUAGGGCCUGACUUAGCUUUUACUGACACCACAUGGAAUCUUUCCUUCUAAUGGGAGCUGGAUUAGUCGCAGAAGUUUUUAAGGGGCAAUAAUGGCUAGAAUCUAUCCUGUAACCCAAGGCAGAGCUGGUUGUAAUCAAUGUGUGUCCUACAUAGGGACUGAAGGCCACAUCCUUCGGUCUUUGUGCCUGGUGAUCCUAAUCCAGCAAAGAAUGUAGAGAUAUUCUGCAAAUUCCACUGGUUACAGUGGUGUACUUGGUAGCUGUAUUAGUCUGAGACAAGAAGACAUACAAAAAACUAGAAUUCUUGGUUCCAAAAUGAUACCUUUUAUUAGACCAACUGGAAAAUCACAAGAAAUUUGUCCUUUUCUGCAAGCUUUUGGGGUCAAAGUCCCUUCGUCAGGCUCUUCAUCUCUUUGUCUGCCAGUGGUUACAGUGGUUUAGGUUGUAGCCGUGUUGGUCUAAGGACAUAGGCAGACAAGGUUCCUUGGGUGAAUUUGAUAUCUUUUAUUAGACCAACCCAAAUGGUUGGAGAAUGGUUAUUAAGCAAGCUUUCAGGUUCAAAAACCCUUUGUCAGGCUAAGGAAGCUUCAGCAGUUGGUAUGUGCUCUUCCUGGAUGGAAUGAAAAGUGAUUACAGUGGCACUUAACUGGUAUGCUUAACAUUCAAAUUAAUCCUGUAUGAGGUAUUUUGCUGGAGAGAGGAAGGGGCAUAUGCUUAAAGCUUCUAGUGAGCCAGAGCCUUCAUUCUUCAGGCACUUCCCUAGAAGAAUCAACAUAUUUACAAGCUACAGCUACUUGUGUGGGAUACUGUUAUGCAUUUGAACCUGCCCAAGCAAACACUGUCAGUUCUUAUUUUAGGAGAGUGACAUUCCUUGUUUGUCUGUUUAGUUGAUGAGUCUUAUGUUUGCUAUUUAAUGUAAUUGCAUUUAUUGUGUUUUUAAGUCACUUUCUUUGAGGGCAUUGCCUGCAGCCAGCAAUCAUGAAAUAAUGCCAGAAGGCUUGAAAGCUUAUUCACAGGGCCAAAUCCUGCCAGCAUUGCUCCCAAAAGUAGUCCCACUGAAUUCAAGGAAAGCAGGAUUUGGGUCAUGGAUUAUAAAUCUUCCUGAAGGAUGAAUGCAAAUCUCAAUUCAUUUUAAUAAGACUAAUUACUUUCUGGAAGAAACUACAUGCCAAUUUGUGCAAGUUGUACAUGCCAUUAAAGUCAGUAGAGUUAUGUCAGAGAUUAAUAUAACCCCUCAAAUUCAAUCCAGUACAUAGGCAAAACUCCAGGUCAAGUCAAUGGCAGUUUCCCUUUGUAGAGAUUGUAAAACUGAAUCCACAUAAUGAGCUGUUAUUUAUCAGGUAGACAACUCUUGUGUAAACUCUCUUGGUAGCUUUGUAUGAAGGCAAAAAAAAAAUUCCUCAUGGGAACACACCAGAGAAUAAUAAACUUGCACCUUGAUAGAAUAGCUUUAUUUGUAUAUACUAUAUGUAAAUUUCAAAUCAAAGGAUACAUGUCAUUCACUGUACAUAUCUGCGUAGUAUGGUAGCAGUGCUGUGCACUGCUGUUUAGGAGAUCCAGGUUCUUGAACCUUGGGUUUCUAACUCUAAAGGCUGCUGGAAACCAAGCACGCUGUGCUUGGUGCCAGACAAAAAUAGGAUUGAUGGAGUGCUCACUACCCACUUCCAAAGCACCUAAGGCUAUGGCUUGGGACUAUGUUGGUUUUGGAGAAAAUUACUUGCCCCCUAACUCCUGGCCAAUAAACAAGUGCCUCCUUCAUAGUUACCUACAGUAAAAGGUUAGGUUGAGAGUUUCUGGUGGUCCAGAAGGGUGGGGAACACUCAGAAUCCUAUUUGGAUCAGUCUUUAAUAGGGAUCUGGUAUGAUAAGGAGCCCAUGCUUUAAUAUGACAUGGGGAGGACCACGAUGAAACAAUGUGUAUAUAUCUUAUCUGUCUGCCUAUAUCCUAAUGUUUCUGUAUUGAAUGGUUUUUGUAACUUGUAAAACAAGUGAUUGCUCCUGUUGUGUUACCACUUGGAAAUUCUUUGCAUGAACUCUGAUAUAUAAUUCUUUAAGAAAAGAAAUUGUGUGUGUAUAUCUAUAUCUAUCUAUCUAUCUAGAUAUACAUGCACAUAUACCCCCUCCCACACACACACGCACGUGCGCGCGUGCACACACACACACACACACACACACACACACAUAUAUCGUAGCUUGCAAAAUAUUCUUGUUGAACAGCCAUGUUUUGUGCUAAUUGUAUAUUAUUGUUGUGAGCAAUAUUGGAAUAUGAACUUUUAUUAGUUGUUGGCAUUAAAAUAUGUUUUUAUUGAUA